AUGAAGCCUGUUUUUGCUGAACUUAGGAAAUUUGGUCACUUGAAUGUAAUUUACAUAGAUGAUGUUUUGUUAUUGGGCAACACAAAAGAUGAGUGUGAAGUUAAUUUAAGAGACACUGUUAAGUCUUUAGAUAGUCUAGGAUUUACUAUUCACCCUGAUAAAACUCAGUUUUAUGCAAGCCAGAAUGUUGUCUUUCUGGGAUUUUUAUUAGAUUCGGUUACAAUGACGGUUAGACCAGAGAAAGCUCAAUCUAUUAGACCAGAGAAAGCUCAAUCUAUUAAAGAAUUUUGCGAUAUGGUUUUGAAUCAAAAUGAAGUGACAAUUAAACAGGUUGCACAGCUUGUAGGCAUGUUUGUAGCCUCUGAACCAGGGGUGGAAUAUGCCAGACUUUAUUAUAAGACCUUAGAAAUUGAAAAAGAUUUGGCUUUAAAACUUAAUCGAGGCAAUUUUGAAGCCCAUAUGACAAUUUCUCAUCAGAAUUCCCAUAUUAGACUGUGUAUGGACAAUUCAGUAGCCGUGUCAUAUGUUAAUAAGCAAGGGGGCAAGAUUUCAACAUUGAAUGAACUAGCUCGUGAAUUAUGGACUUGGUGCAUAGAUAGGAACAUCUGGCUUAGUGCUGAACAUGUCCAGGGUGCAACAAACAUUAUAGCCGAUUCGUUAUCUCGCAAAAAUGUAGAUAUGGAAUGGAAGUUAGAUGAAGUGGUUUUUGAUAAACUGACAAAUUUGUGUGGAAAAUGUGAAGUAGAUUUAUUCGCAUCAAAACACAACCAUCAGUUAAAUAAAUAUUAUUCAUAUACACCAGAUCCAAAUGCAUUAGGAGUUGAUGCCUUUGCACAUUCUUGGAGAAAUAUUGACUGUUAUUUAUUUCCUCCUUUUAGUGUCAUAAGCAGUGUCUUGAAGAAGAUCGAGGAGGAGGAAGUGCAGUUUGCUCUGUUGAUAGCUCCAGUGUGGAAGACGCAGCCAUGGUUUCCGCAGCUGAUGCAUCAAGUUGCAGGUCCGUGUUUUCUUCUUCCGAAAACAGAGACUCUCUUGAAUUUGCCAAAAGAUCCAAAACGACGACAUCCCUUGACAAAGAUGAAGAUAGCUGCAUUCAGUUUGUCCGGCAAUGCUUGUUCAGUAGAGAAUUAUCAGGAGAAACUGUCAAUAUUAUCUGCAGAUCAUGGCGGGAAUCCACAAAAAGACAAUAUAGGGGUUAUCAGCAAAAGUGGUUGCAGUUUUGUUGUGAAAAACAGAGUGAUCCAUUUAAAACAGAUGUUAAUUUAG